CAGAAAAUACGACAGGAUCCAACUAUCCCGGAUUACUAGAUAGGCUGAACAUUCGUUUCAAUUUAGUGCCUUUCUCUCAGGUAACGAUGGGAAACUGGUGCAAACGCUUCCUUCUCACUGCGGGGGUAGGAAGUGGGAACGCUUUACCGUGACCACCUGCUUCCCUCGCUUGGAACAAGCCUAGAAAUUGCCAAAUAUCUCUAUCACUCUCGGCGCAGAGCCCACAGCAUAAACCAACGGAGGCGGUGCACUAGAUAGCAUCAAAGCCCCAGGCAGGGGCCCGCAACGGGGGUGGGGGGGCAAAAGCAGCCGAGGGAAAGAAGCGCCUCCCCCUAGCAUUUCCUCUCACGCCCACUUCCAACCUAGGAGGCUUUUGGUUUCAGCUUUUGUUGUUUUUAAAAUUAAAAGUUAAACCCAGGAAGCUUUGGAUCAGACUUUUUUGGGUGGCAGUUCGGCGCGUGGAUUAAUUGAUGUACCUUGAGUUUAUGGAGCUACCUUUUUGUGACCUGCUUUUUCUUCAGUUUCUAAGAGGAAAACAGUGCCCCUGAAUAGAAGAAGAUGCCUCGUACUAAACAGAUUCAUCCCAGAAACCUAAGAGACAAAAUUGAAGAAGCACAAAAAGAACUUAACGGGGCAGAAGUUUCAAAAAAAGAAAUCCUAGAGGCUGGCAUUAAAGGAACUUCAGAAUCACUAAAAGGUGUGAAAAGGAAAAAGAUUGUAACUGAGAAUCACCUGAAAAAAAUACCAAAAUCCCCACUGAGAAAUCCUCUUCAGGCAAAACAUAAACAAAAUACAGACGGACCGUCUUUCCCUGCUCUUCAGAGUGCUUCCGAGUCUCACAAGAAACAGAACCACAUCCUGGUAAGAAAUGGGAAGCAGUUUACCAAACAAAAUGGAAAGACGCCUGGAAUGAUUGCCGAAGCCUCUCCACCUGAAGACUCGGUCUCCCCAAAGAAGCCCUUGUUUUUGCAGCAGGCAUCUGAGUUACGCAGAUGGAGGUCAGAAGGCUCUGACUCCACCAAGUUCAAUUUCCUAGACGGAAAAUGUGACUCUAGUUCUUUGUCGAGUAAAACCAGGGCUGACGAUAGUGAAUGUGUCUCUUCUAAUUGUAGUGCCACUUCCUCCUAUACUAAUACCGCGUUUGAUGUCUUACUGAAAGCAAUGGAGCCAGAACUGAGCACCUUGUCGCAAAAGGGCUCAUCUUGUGCAAUUAAGAUAGAAAAACUGAGACCAAAUAAAACUGUACGAUCACCUUCUAAAUUAAAAAACAGUUCCGUGGAUGUCCCCCGUCAGACGUCACAAGAAUGUGUGGCCGAAUCACAGUCCUCUCCUUGCAGCUCCUACACAGUGCAUGUGUCUGCCACUCAGAAGAAUGAGCAAGCAGCAGCCCAGCCCCUUCCUCAUUCAUAUACUCAGCACGAACACUUUGUUUCUAACUCCAAGCAGCAUAAUCAGCCGCUUCCAGGGUGUUCAGGUUUCAUAAGAUCACUGACGAACCUGCAAAACCAAGAGAACACCAAGCUUGAACACGUUUAUAAUAUAGCAGUGACGUCGUCGAUAGUUCUAACUUCACCCACCAGUAGAACUCAGGUUAUUCCUCAAAACCAGCCAAUGGAUUCCACUUCACCUAUGUCAGUAAGUCCAGCCAACUUGACACAGCCCCCCGCCACGCCACUUUAUAAUUCAACUCCUAUUGCCUCUGUCGUGAAUCACAGCGUGGAACAAAUGUGCAAUCUUCUUCUGAAAGAUCAGAAGCCAAAAAAACAGGGAAAAUACAUCUGUGAGUACUGCAAUCGAGCUUGUGCAAAGCCCAGCGUGCUUUUAAAGCAUAUCCGCUCCCACACUGGAGAGCGGCCCUAUCCCUGUGUGACCUGUGGGUUUUCAUUUAAGACUAAAAGUAAUCUGUAUAAGCACAAAAAAUCCCAUGCACAUACCAUCAAACUGGGACUUGUCUUACAACCAGAUUCUGGUGGUGUGUUCUUAUCAGAGUCCCCAAAAGCACUUAGCAUCCAUUCGGAUGCAGAAGAUAGUGGCGAGAGUGAGGACGAGGGCCCGAGUGACGAAAGGCACAACGACCCAGGCUCCAUAGAAUUGCAGUCCGUGCAAAUAAUGAAAACAGUAGCAAAUGCCGAAGCUUUACCCAAAUCAGGUUUUAUCCCAAGCAAUCCAGAUCAUGUGGUAGGUGACUUUUUACUACAGGAAAAAUCUUCAGAAUCACAAGCUGCGACAGAGUUACCAGAAGUUGUGGUCUACCCUGCCACCGUGCCCCCUUUAAGAACUGACAGUCCCAAGGUUACACAAUCCAUGCCUGAACUUUCUAACGCACAGAAACAGCAGGACCUUCAGCUAACCAGGGUACUGUCAAAUUCAGCCUGCGUGUCCUCCCUGGAGUCCAGUGAGAAGUCCUGUCAGAAAGAGGAGAUGAGUCAGGCAGAAGGAAAACAAGAGUCUUACACAGGAACGGUACAUGCCCAGCUACAACGGCAGCAGGCUACCGAUCACUCGCAAGAGCAACAAGGAAAACUUCUGAGUCCACGAAGUUUGGGAAGUACAGAUUCCGGUUACUUUUCACGUUCUGAAAGUGCCGAUCAGACAGUGAGUCCGCCAACUUCCUUUGCCAGAACGUUACCCACCACCGAGCAGAACUCAAGUAAUAAGAAUAAUGGGCCCUCCACAGCUCUUAUCCCCACACAGGCACCUCCUGCUGUACCGACAGGCGAGAAGGCCCUGUUCUUACCAGGUCAGGUGCGCCCACCGCUGGCCACAAAGACCCUCGAGGAGCGGAUAUCAAAGCUGAUCUCCGACAAUGAAGCCUUAGUAGAUGAUAAGCAGCUGGACAGCGUAAAGCCUCGGAGAACCUCUCUGUCGAGACGGGGAAGUAUUGAUUCCCCCAAAUCGUACAUAUUUAAGGAUUCUUUCCAGUUUGACUUAAAACCAAUGGGACGGCGAACGAGCUCAAGCUCUGAUAUACCAAAGUCCCCCUUUACCCCUCCUGAGAAGUCGAAACAAGUUUUUCUUCUGUCUGUACCUUCCCUCGACUGUUUACCUAUCACAAGAAGUAAUUCUAUGCCCACCACAGGUUACUCGGCAGUCCCCGCGAGUAUAAUACCUCCGCCGCACCCGCUAAGAGGAAGCCAGUCUUUUGAUGACAAAAUUGGCACUUUUUACGAUGAUGUCUUCAUGUCAGGCCCGCACACUUCUGCGCCCCAAAGCGGACACCCCCGUACCCUUGUCAGACAGGCAGCCAUAGAAGACUCCUCAGCAAAUGAAAAUCAUGUUCUUGGUGCUGGACAGCCCUCGGAUGAGAGCUAUCAGGGAUGCAAUGCCUUGAAUGAAAUUGCAUCAGCAAGGAGCAAGUCAGCGGCCCAAGGCCCAACUUCUGAAAAAAAGAAGUCCCAUCAAGGGCGAGGGACAAUGUUUGAGUGUGAAACCUGUAGAAACAGGUAUAGAAAACUGGAAAACUUUGAAAACCAUAAGAAGUUUUACUGUUCCGAGUUACACGGACCGAAAACAAAGGUGGCCGUGAGAGAAGCUGAACACAACAGCCCCACGCCCAGCGGGCCGCAGCCUCAGAUUCUGCACUACAGAGUAGCAGGUCCUACGGGUGUCUGGGAACAGACGCCCCAGAUCAGGAAAAGGAGGAAAAUGAAAAGCGUUGGAGACGACGAUGAACAACAAAAUGAAAGUGGCACAUCACCAAAAAGCUCAGAAGGUCUUCAAUUUCAGAAUACCCUGGGCUCCACUUCCAGCUUGUCUAAACAUAAUGCCGGAACGGGCAGCCAGCAGCCUAGAAAUACACAGCUGCAGAAUGCACAAGGUCAGCUGGUUGCCAGAGGUGCCAACCAGACUAUUGAUCCAAAGCUGUCUACUAUCGUGGAGCAACAAAUAAGUGCAGUUGCCCAGGAAAAGUUAGAGUUGAAAAGACACGGAGCUGGAAUCUCAGUAAUACAGCAUACAAACUCACUGAGCAGACCCAAUUCAUUUGACAGGCUGGAGCCUCUUGAGAGAGGUUCCCCAGUUUCUCUCCAGGAACUGAGUAGAACAGUGAAGCCUGGCACUCUGAAAGUCCUAGGAAUUUCCCCAGAGGAAAGUCAUCCUUCUCGGAACACCUGUCCUCCUCACCAGCCUACAUUAUCAGAUGCUCUUAGAGGACAACUCCAGAAAAGUUCCAGAAAGAUUUCAAGUGAAAGAAAUGUGUUGGGACAGCCUUCAAGGCUUGUUCGACAGCACAACAUCCAAGUCCCAGAAAUUCUGGUCACAGAAGAGCCAGACCGGGACCUUGAAGCCCAAGGGCUUGAUCAAGAAAAGUCAGAAAAGUUCAGCUGGCCUCAACGGAGUGAAACCCUGUCAAAAUUGCCAACAGAGAAACUGCCACCCAAAAAGAAGAGGCUUCGUCUGGCUGAGAUGGAGCAUUCCUCAACAGAAUCUAGUUUUGAUUCCACGCUCUCCAGGAGUCUAAGUAGGGAGAGUAGCUUAUCCCACACUUCAAGUUUCUCAGCUUCGCUAGACAUAGAGGACAAUUCUAAAACGGAGGUUUCCCCCAAAAUUGAUUUUCUAAAUAAAACAGAGUUUCUUGUGAUUCCAGCCAGUUCUAAUACACUCAUUGUUCCUGGAACUUACCGGGAAAUGAGACGGGCUGCAUCAGAACAGAUUAAUUGCAUGCAACUGUCGAUGGAGGUCUCUGAUUUUAGAAGUAAAUCAUUUGACUGUGGAAGCAUCACACCAUCCCAGGUGACACCACCUGUUCAAAUGCAGCCUCCAGCAGCCCCCUCUGGCAUGGCAAUUACCGGGCACGUGCCUCUCUUGGAAAGAAGAAGAGGCCCACUAAUACGGCAGAUAUCUUUAAAUAUAGCUCCAGAUAGCCACCUGCCUUCUGCAAACCUAUCAACUUUCCAAAGUAUUGCUCAGCCAGGUGUGAACCCAGUGCCAUUUCAGGGGCUUCAGACUGCUUCUGUAUCUUUAGCAGAGUUUCCCACGAAUACUUCACUUUCCCAGACUCAAGUUAAGGAUCUGCAAACAGAAACUUCAAAUCCCACCCCUACUAGCAUCAUUCCUGUUCAGCCGCUUUUUGGUAUCAAUUUGUUAAAUCAAAUCCAUACACCCACUAACCACCAAAAUACACAGACAACUCUGAAAGGGGCUACCCAGGGAGACAAACCGGAUCUAGGUCCCACUUCAUGUGCAUCUUCUGAAAGUGAGGAUUGCUUUGCUCCCAAGUACCAGCUCCAGUUUCAGGUUUUAACUUCAAGCCAGUCUUGCUCUUCUAAUCCUGUCCGUUCUUUGCCCAGUCGUCUUCUCUCAGAUCCAGUUGGUGCGGACCAUUGCACGACCUCUUUAGCAUUACCAACCAAAUUAGUAGAUACCAUGUCUAAUUCCUGCUCGCUGCCACCACUGAGACCCGGGCCCCGCAGCAGUCAGGGGCCGCAGGUCUCCUCAUCCUUUGCGGUGCCCGUGCAUCUUCAGAGUCACGUUCCAGCUUACUGUUUCGCCACAGUCACGUCUCUGCCACAGAUCCUGGUGACCCAAGACCUACCAAGUCAGCCAGUUUUCCAGGCUAAUGAUAUGAUAGUGCCAGUCAGUGAAGAACAAAAUUCUGUGCCAAAGUCACUGGAGGAUCACCAAAAUGCUUUGCCAAAUUCAGAGAAAGGACUCAUUUGUGAAAAUGUUUUUUCAGAGAUGGGCCAACCUUCUUCUCUGUUAGGAUCCUUACCUGUAACUCAGAAAAUGUCCAUCAGUAGACUUUCCCCCCAACAAGAAUCUGCAGCUUCGAGUAAAAGGAUGCUCUCCCCAGCAAACAGUUUAGACAUUGCCAUGGAAAAGCACCAGAAGCGGGCAAAAGAUGAAAACGGAGCUGUUUGCACAACAGAGAUAAGAGCAUUAGAACCACUGAGUUCAAGAGCCAAUGAGGUUAAUAAGCAGAAGAAGCCUGUCUUAGUGAGGCAGGUUUGUACCACAGAGUCCCUUGAAGGUGUGAUAUUGGAACAAGAUGUUUUUUCUCAACCUGAAGUUAGUAGCGAGACUAUUAAUUUGACAGCUGUUAUACCAACUGGUAAUUCUGCAUCAGGACACCUGAAGCCUGGAGUUACAGAACCUGUCAAUGAAUUGCAAGAAUUUGAAAACAUCAAGGCCUCUGCCUUACUGACUCUUAGGGUGAGAAAUUCCCCUGUCCCUUCAGAAAAGACAGCCAUUGCUCCUUUGAAAAGUAUAGAUAAUAACCAAGAAAGGAAGUCUCUGGUGGGUGGAGACAAAGGUGGCAAAGUGAACAUCCAAGAGCAAAUUAAAUUAGUGACCCCUCUUUCAAUGUUUACUGCUGGAGACCCACAGCAGCCUUCUUUUCCCAGUCUCAAGACUAUAACAAGCUUUACGUGGUGUUAUCUGUUAAGACAGAAGUCCUUGCCUUUGCCUCAGGGUGACCAAAAGACUUCAGCAUAUACGGAUUGGACAGUAAGCUCCAGUAAUCCAAAUCCACUUGGUUUACCUACAAAAGUUGCUCUCUCACUCCUAAAUUCCAAACAGAAGACUGAAAAGUCACUAUACUGUCAAGCAAUAACUACCCAUUCCAAAUCAGAUUUGUUGGUCUAUUCAAGCAAGUGGAAAAGCAACUUAAGCAAGAGAGCAUUAGGUAAUCAAAAGUCCACAGUAGGUGAAUUCAGCAAUAAAGAUGCCUCUGAAAUUAACAGUGAGCAAGAUAAAGAAAAUUCCUUAAUCAAAAGUGAACCAAGAAGAAUUAAAAUAUUUGAUGGAGGAUAUAAAUCAAAUGAAGAGUAUGUAUAUGUCCGAGGCAGGGGAAGAGGAAAGUACAUUUGUGAAGAAUGUGGAAUACGCUGUAAGAAACCUAGCAUGUUAAAGAAACACAUACGAACCCAUACAGAUGUCCGCCCCUACCACUGCACUUACUGUAACUUCUCCUUUAAGACUAAAGGCAAUCUGACAAAACACAUGAAGUCCAAGGCACAUAGCAAGAAAUGUGUGGAUUUAGGCGUCUCAGUAGGUUUAAUAGAUGAACACGAUACAGAAGAAUCAGAUGAAAAACAAAGAUUCAGUUUUGAGCGCUCUGGCUAUGACAUUGAAGAAUCUGAUGGUCCAGAUGAGGAUGAGAAUGAAAAUGAAGAUGAUGACGAGGACAGCCAGGCCGAGUCGGUGUUGUCAGCAGCCCCCUCGGUCACGGCCAGCCCACAGCACCUUCCAUCGAGAAGUGGCCUUCAGGAUGCCGUAAGUGCCGAAGAGGAGAUCAGGACCAGCAACAGCUUCUCUGCAGUGCACCCGGACCCCAUGGACAUCCUGCCCAGAGCACUGCUCACCAAGAUGACCGUGCUGAGCACAGCAGAGUCGGCCUGCAGUAGGAAGAGUGGAUCCCUAGAGAAGGCCAGGCAGCAUGCCACAAAAGAGGAAGACGAGGCUGUUCCUCAUGCAGCCUCUACUAGGUUGCCCAAAGAUGCUCCCAGGUCCCCCUGGCAUCAGAUGUCUGUAGACUACCCUGAAUCAGAUGAAAUUCUGCAUAGUUCUAUGGGAGCAAAAGCUAUUGCUUUCACACAGAAUGCAUCAUCUGUAAGACUGCCUUCUGCAGCCGAGCCCGUUCCCCAGCCAGCAGUGGGGGAUCCUUCAGGGGCCUCUCCUCAUCCCCACACUCAAGAACAGAAGCAGCAAAUGACUCUACAGCUGACUGCAAGCCUGCCCUCUCCCCAGACUCAUUUGUUUAGCCACCUUCCCUUGCAUUCCCAGCAGCAGUCCAGGACACCUUACAAUAUGGUUCCAGUUGGAGGGAUCCAAGUGGUCCCCACCGGCCUCACAUAUUCCACGCUUGUACCCAUUCAAGCUGGGCCAAUGCAACUUACAGUUCCGGCAGUCAGUGUGAUUCACAGAACCGUGGGCACGCCUGGGGACACGAUCACAGAAGUUUCCAGCACCACAGAUCCCACAGGAGUGUCUGAAGUAAGCAGUGUUGUGCCAUGUAUUCCCAUCGGCCAGGUCCGUGUGCCUGGCCUCCAGAACCUCGGUACUCCAGGCCUGCAGCCACUUCCGUCAUUAAGCAUGGACGCCGUCAAUAUUUUAGGCCUGGCCAAUGCAAACAUUACCCCACAGGGACAUCCACCAGGACUUGCUCUAAAUGCUGUAGGACUGCAGGUCCUAACCGCAAACUCUUCCUCACAAAGCAACCCCACCCCUCAGACACACAUUCCAAGUCUCCAGAUUGUUAACAUCGCAUUGCCUACUUUAAUUCCUUCAGUCGGUCAAGUACCCGUCGAUGCACAAGGAGCUCCUGAAAUACCAGCUUCCCAAAGCAAAGCCCGGGAGACAUCACACCCCAAGCCCUCAUCGGGAGCCAGUGCAAAUCAGGUCCGCAGGGCUGAAUCUCCUCAGGGGUCCCCUCAAGUCCAGCAGGAAAAUGCAAAAAAAAGACUAGACCCCCCUGCCCCCGCAGGUGACCGGGUGAGGCUUGAUGGCCCAAAGGAAAUGGCCACGGACAAGGCUGCCUCAGUCAAUCAUGUGAAGCCAAAGCAGGAGCUCGCCUCUGUCCAGGGCAAGCCAGUGUCCGCGUGUGAGCCUCUGCUGGCGGCCCAGGCCGACGUCUGUGCAGAGCCCGCGGGUCGCCAGGCUUUCUCUGCAGACGGACAGGCGCCCCGGCCCACUGGGUCAUCCCGGAGGCAGAUCACCAUGCAGUUCAGUGAUGCGAGCAGUGAUGACGAUGAGGACAGGCUCGUGAUCGCAACCUAGUGGCUUUUGUAUUUUUAUUUUAUUUUUAUAACACUUAAAGGUUUUUUUUGGAAACCCUCCUUUCCUUAAGCACAUUUUUCUGACAUAAACUCAUUACUAAUCUUUGUGCAAUCAUGAACUUUUGACCAAUAAUUGUUGUUUUGUGUCAGCUCCAACCAUUUUUGUACAUGUUGUAUAGACAAUUGUGCCUUUUAGGAGUUUUAUGUUUAGAAAUGUACAGAUUGUUGAAUAUCUAUAUACAUAAAAUAUAUAUUAUAUAUGUAUAUUAAAACCAGGUAGUUAUUUGUGUUUAGUAAGAAAACCCUGUCAAAUAAAUCAGAUGAUUAAAUUAUAUGUUGCACUGUUAAAUAUGAAUUUUUAUGGUUGUGGGGCAGAGUUUCUGUGUACAAAUUAGUAUGUAAACUCCAUAUUUAUUGUAUUCAGACUAGUCUUUGAAAAUGGGUCUGUCCUUCUUGUGUAAGACAGUAACUUUACACUUCAGACAGAUUUUCUGUUAUGAAAUGUUUCAGUAAAAUGUUGUCUACUGACUUUA